GACACUAUUGACGUACCUUUAAAUACAGCAGGGAUCUGAAAUUUGAAAAAGAAAUCGAACCUGAACUUGAUCGUCGGUAGAUCUUGCUUUAAACCCGACGAUGUUCCCCGACAAGAUCUUUGUCCCGACGGCACCGGUCGGCUGGACCCACAAACAACGAGGUGUCGACGAUGUCCUGCGUUCAGAUGACGUAAAACGUUGCACGUCAUCGCACGUUCCUCGCCUUGACGUGCUUAUGACGUCCACACGCCGACGUGCCUCGCGGCACGGUACGUCGGUUGGUGCCCGUCGAGCCACGAACGUCGGGCGGCGGAUGAUGGUGUCGGGCCUGGUGCUGCUGCUGGCGGUCUCGCCGGACCGGACUGCCGGGCUGGGGUCGGACGUGUCCGCCGUGGGGCCGCACACGUGGCAGACGCCGGGCUGCCACAGAAUCGGUCACACGCGCCGCAUCAGCGUCCCAAACUGCGUUGAGUUCGACAUCACGACAAACGCGUGUCGGGGAUACUGCGAGAGCUGGUCUGUGCUAUCCAACGGUCUCAGCCCAGCUGGUCUCUCAGAUGGAUAUGGUACCAAAUUCUCAGGUGGCUUCACUGACAACCUGCAGCCACGGAUCACGAGUGUGGGCCAGUGUUGCAACAUCAUGGAUUCCGAGGACCUUAAGGUGAAGGUCAUGUGUGUGGACGGUCCCCAGGAGUUGGUCUUCAAGUCUGCCAAAUCCUGCGCCUGCUUCCACUGCAAGAAAUAUUAGGUUAAACUGCAGGCUACACUGCAAAAUACACUGUAUGAUACACUGCAAACUGCAUUACAGGCUGCAGUGUAGGCUGCACUGCAGACUACACGGCCGGCGACACCGCUGUCAACGCUGCUUGUUACCCAGCCUUCAACACUGUUGCCUCUGUGUCAUUUACAUUUUCUUGCAUUAUUCAUUGCAACUUCAGAUUAUUGUACAAGGUUUUCUUGAUUGACCGAUAUACCAGGCAUUUCUCAAUCAGCAUCCUUGUUAUAGGUAUUCAUGAUGAAAGACUGGUUAUAGUAAUUAAUUAAUUCAAACGAGAUGUGCCAGUACCCUGGACUAACAAUCGCUCAUGUUGCCAAACGGAGAGAAAACGGCAAAAAUAGCCGCUGAUGGUGACAUGGUGACAUUGAGGGGCGUGUUUAUCUCAAAUUGUUUUCACUUGGGUAUCGACUACUAAUGACCAAUCAACUUUAUUGCAUUGUUCGACAAUUGUCCACUGACUAUAUCAACAAGCUGAACCGCUAAUAGGUUUAACCCGACUGAGAUCAGUUUAGAAAGAUCCCUUGAUUUAUUUAUCUCAGGGGAUCUCUCUGAGAUAAAUUAGGGGAUCUCAGGGGAUCUCUCUAUCUUUUUUAUUUAUUUAGAAAGAUCCCUCGAUUUAUACCGACUUAAAGGGAAGAGUGAGCACGGAGUUCGCAGCGUGGUACCAAUCACUGCGCAAACAAGCCCCUGCGUUAUAGUUCCAGGCACCGUGCAUGGCCACUCUGAUGCACCACCUUCAACGACUAGUCAUCCGAUCCCAAAAACCUCCAAGGAAAAUCUCGCAGCUAUUCUAUUAUUAAAGUUAAUAUAGUUAAGCCUAUACGUAACACUGUGCUGCAGUGGCAAGGCAAUGCAGACGUGGUGACGAUAUUAAUUUAAUUUGACAAUUUAAUUAUGUUAAAAAUCUGUACAAGAUAAUGAUCAGUGAAAAUGUGAACAUGAUUACUAAUUUGGAUAAUAUAACCUUGUAAACAUGAUCGUUAUUGACAUGACGAUAUAGUGGAGUGUAUUCUUAUGUUCAUGACAAAAAUAUA